UUCCGUCUGUCUUUGGAGAUUCCCGCUGCAGCAGACAAGAGACAGACUUCACCAGGCUAUGCGUGUGUGCGUGGACAGUUGGGCGUGGCUGCUCCAUAUUUGUCAGAAGGCUGGUCACAUGGGCCACCGGUAUCCAAGCACUCAGAGUGAAACAGAGAACUUCGCUCAGAUAAGCCACCGCACAGGACAAGAAGGAGUUGCUUCCUGGAGGAAGCAAAAAAGACAUUAAAGCAGACUGAGUAAGACAGAGCGAGCGAGAGAGAGGGAGAGAGAGAGAGAGAGGGAGAGAGAGAUAAGGAGUAGGAGACGUACUCGCUGAGAAGCACAUGCUGUAAAAAUGCCCACAAACUUCACGGUGGUCCCCGUGGAUGACGGCAGGAAUUCCCCUCAGGAAGACAGCAAUGAUGACAACGUCCUGAGGGAGGAAGACGAAGACGCUGCAGGUGAUGGAAACCCAAAGGAAAGCAGUCCCUUCAUCAACUCUGACAACGACAAGGGCAGCCUCUACGAUGGCAAAAACAUGGCACUGUUUGAGGAAGAGAUGGACAGCAACCCAAUGGUGUCAUCACUUCUCAGCAAACUGGCCAAUUACACCAACCUUACACAGGGGGUUCGGGAGCAUGAGGAGGCAGAUGAGGAGGAGGGAGCAAAGAAGAAAACUGUGAAAAAAAGUCCACAGAUGGGGACGUUCAUGGGCGUCUACCUGCCCUGCCUUCAGAAUAUCCUGGGGGUCAUCCUGUUUCUGCGAAUGACCUGGAUUGUGGGAACUGCAGGCAUCCUGGAGGCCUUUAUCAUCGUAUCCAUGUGCUGCUGUUGUACAAUGCUCACAGCCAUAUCUAUGAGUGCCAUUGCUACAAAUGGAGUAGUUCCAGCCGGUGGAUCGUAUUACAUGAUCUCUAGGUCUCUGGGCCCAGAGUUUGGAGGAGCUGUAGGACUCUGUUUCUAUUUGGGUACCACAUUUGCUGGAGCCAUGUACAUCCUUGGUACUAUUGAGAUUCUUCUGACCUACAUAGUGCCCAGUGCUGCCAUCUUUAAGGCAGAGGAGAAGGAGCUUGAAGCAGAGGCCAUGCUGAACAACAUGCGAGUGUACGGCACUUGCUGCCUAGCCCUGAUGGCGCUGGUGGUGUUUGUGGGUGUGAAGUAUGUCAAUAAGCUAGCACUUGUCUUCCUGGCCUGCGUCAUCCUCUCUAUUCUGGCCAUCUAUGCUGGAGUCAUCAAGACCAUCUUCGAGCCUCCAGUCUUUCCGGUCUGCUUGCUGGGAAACCGCACACUCCAAAACCAAGACUUUGACAAGUGCUUAAAGACUGAGAUCAUCGACAACGUUACUGUGACCACAAAGCUGUGGUCUCUAUUCUGUGACACUCCUUAUCUCAAUGCUACCUGCGAUGAGUAUUUCCGAAAAAACAACGUCACAGAAGUGCAGGGUAUUCCUGGCCUCACCAGUGGCGUCAUCUCAGAGAACAUGUGGUCGAGCUACGGCCCUGCUGGAAUGCUGGUGGAGAAAAAGAUCGAGUCAGUGGCAGCGUCUGAAUCCACUCAGGGCACCUCCUUUCCCUAUGUGCUCAAUGACAUGGCCACCUUCUUCACUCUACUGGUGGGCAUCUAUUUUCCUUCAGUCACUGGGAUCAUGGCUGGAUCCAACCGCUCUGGAGAUUUGCGGGAUGCACAGAGGUCCAUUCCCAUAGGAACCAUUCUUGCCAUAGCAACUACUACCUUCAUCUACCUCUCUUGUGUGGUGCUCUUCGGUGCCUGCAUUGAAGGAGCGGUCCUCCGAGACAAGUUCGGAGACUCCGUGAAGAAGAACUUAGUGAUUGGUACUUUAUCAUGGCCCUCUCCAUGGGUGAUUGUGAUUGGUUCGUUCUUCUCCUGCUGCGGGGCCGGUCUGCAGAGUCUCACCGGAGCUCCUCGGCUGCUGCAGGCCAUCGCUCGAGAUGGCAUCGUGCCUUUCUUGGAGGUUUUUGGGUAUGGAAAAGCGAAUGGGGAACCUACAUGGGCCCUGCUGCUUACUGCUGGUAUCUGUGAAAUCGGCAUUCUCAUCGCCUCACUGGAUGCUGUGGCUCCCAUCCUGUCCAUGUUCUUCUUGAUGUGUUACCUGUUUGUGAACCUGGCCUGUGCUCUUCAGACCCUCCUGCGCACCCCCAACUGGAGGCCUCGCUUCAAGUACUAUCACUGGACACUAUCUUUCCUAGGAAUGAGCCUGUGUCUUGCCCUGAUGUUUAUUUCCUCUUGGUACUAUGCCUUGGUGGCCAUGGUCAUCGCUGGUUGUAUCUACAAAUACAUCGAAUACAGAGGAGCUGAGAAGGAGUGGGGCGAUGGCAUCCGUGGACUGUCGCUCAAUGCAGCUCGUUACGCUCUCAUUCGUCUGGAGGAAGCACCACCGCACACUAAAAACUGGAGACCUCAGUUGCUGGUGCUGCUGAAACUGGACUCGGAGUUAAAAGUGAAGCACCCUCGUCUCCUCUCCCUCACCACACAGCUGAAGGCAGGUAAAGGGCUCACCAUUGUGGGCUCUGUGCUGGAAGGUACAUACCUCACCAAGGAUACAGAAGCCAAGAAAGCCGAACAAAACAUUAAAGUAGCCAUGGCUGCAGAAAAGACCAAAGGCUUCUGUCACGUGGUGGUGACGUCCAACCUGCGUGAUGGCAUCUCACACCUAAUUCAGUCAGCCGGACUCGGGGGCAUGAAGCACAACACAGUGCUGAUGGCAUGGCCGAGCUCCUGGAAACAGUCCAAUGACCCUCUGUCAUGGAAGAACUUCAUUGAGACUGUGCGAGAGACCACAGCGGCCCAUCAGGCUUUGCUGGUAGCUAAGAAUGUGGACAACUUCCCUCAGCAAGAGCGGCUACGAGAAGGCACCAUUGAUGUUUGGUGGGUGGUUCACGAUGGAGGAAUGCUUAUGCUGCUGCCCUUCCUGCUCCGCCAGCACAAGGUGUGGAGGAAGUGUAAGAUGCGUAUCUUCACCGUCGCUCAGAUGGAUGAUAACAGUAUCCAGAUGAAGAAAGACCUUCAGAUGUUCUUGUACCACCUUCGACUGGAUGCUGAAGUUGAGGUUGUUGAAAUGCAUGAUAGUGAUAUCUCGGCUUUCACCUAUGAGAAGACCCUUGUUAUGGAGCAGCGCUCCCAGAUGCUGAAGCAGAUGCAUCUCUCAAGGACUGAGAGGGAGAGAGAGAUACAGAGCAUCACUGACGAAUCUCGUAGCUCCAUUCGGAGGAAGAACCACGCUCGGGCUCAGAGCUCGGGCUCAAGUAACCAAGGUGCUGCACUGGAGGACGAAAUGGAGAAUGAGGCGCAGCUCAUUCAUGAUAAGAACACAGCGUCCCAUGCUGCUAUUAAUGACAAAGCUGAUGCCACUCCUGACCGGGUUCACAUGACCUGGACCAAAGAGAAGUUCAUUAGUGAACGCAAUCGCAACCGGGAGCAAAACGCCAGCAUGGGUGUGCGAGAUAUUUUCAACAUGAAACCAGAGUGGGAGAGUCUCAACCAGUCGAAUGUGAGGCGCAUGCACACUGCUGUGAAGCUGAAUGAAGUGGUGCUGAACAAGUCGCAGGACGCUCAGCUGGUCCUCCUCAACAUGCCUGGGCCACCCAAGAACCGUGGAGGAGAUGAAAACUACAUGGAGUUCCUGGAGGUUUUGUUAGAAGGUCUCAACCGGGUCCUGUUGGUACGUGGUGGUGGGCGAGAGGUCAUCACCAUCUACUCAUAACUCCCUUGCUGUCCCAGCUGUAUUUGAAUAGCAUUGAUGGUGAAGCUGAGAUUAGGUUAGUGGCAUUAUGGAGGACUGGUGUUUCUGGAGAGACUGUACAGUUUUGGCCUUGGUGGAAAAAGGAGGCAGAGGAUCCCCUUUGGCAGGAAGACAUUUCAGGCAAGACAUAUAACCACAGAAGGCCGAAGGACAAACAAGCACACCGAAACUAAUGGCACUCAUUGACUUUCUAUGUUUGUUUUAUUUUGUGAUUCUUCCUUUGUCCUCUAUCACCCAUGUCUGUUUGUGUUCCGUGAAGGAUAUAUAAUAUCAGUAAAUGCUGUAUGUGGUGUUUGUUAUCGUUUUCUGAAGGAACCGAUUCCUCUCUCCAAGGUUCACGUGGAUUUGUUAAAACAGCCAUGAGCAUAUUCAACUUUCUAAGCCACUUGUUUAGGUAUUACAGAGUUUUCAUUGGGACAGGUAGAAUUAGUUACUGUUACUCGCAAUAUGCUGCUCUUGACGAGGGCCGUAAGAAAACACUUCAGCUUGGUGUUGCUGCUCACCACAGCGGCACUACGUGUAGUUAUGAGGAGGCCUGGCCAGCUGGAGGCCUUCCCCCAAGCUUUGCACCAUAUAUUCAAGUUUUAGAUUACAAAACAGUUAUUUUUCUGCAUUUACAGUCACACAAUGAUGUUACUGAUGUAGCAAGAGUCAGUGUACACUCUUAAAAACAAAAUAAAAGGUUCUUUAGCAAUGCCAUUGAAGAAUCAGAACAUUUUAGCCCAUAAUACUUUAAAAUUUUUUUAUAAUAAUAAUAAUUUCCAACUACUAAGAUGCUUAAUAUAAUGUUAGCAUUUAUGAGAUUUUUCUCUCUGUCACCAAAAAUGGUUAAAAAUCCAACAAUUUUCUUCCUAUGGCAUUAUUCUUAAGAACCUUUUGUCACCUUUAUUUUUCUUAGUGUAUAUAAUCAAAUCAUCACAGUUCAUUAUGCAUCGUUCUUUUAUAUUGUUUUUAUAUUGUUUGAUUUUCUUUCCCAGGAAAAUCUUCAUGAUCUGUAUGAAAAGUUGUGAUCUGCACCAAGUUUAGAAAUGUGAUAUUCAUGUUUAACUAGUGAGUAUUUAUUUGUCUUUUAUGUAUAGGUCUAGCUGUGGUGUGUUUGCCAAAUGUGUGCUUGUUAUUUUAGCGAAUAUUAUUUACGUGGAUACAUGCAAUAAUUUUGGUUCCUUCAUUACAUCACUAGCAUAUCAUUCUCUAGCUGCUUAAGGGUUUAUUUUGUUGAUUUGUAUAACUAAGAUGGUAACUAAGUCCCAUCAGUGCAGCAGGAAAAUAGCCAUAAUUCUUGCACAAAGAACUUGGACAAUCUUGAUUUUAGGAGAAGUUGUAGACCAAAAAUCUUAGGAUCUUGCUGUUUAAAAGACUCCCACAGAAAGUAAAUGUUACACGUCAGAAAUUAAAAUAUAUCAAAUAAAUGUCAUCCAGUCGAUGACAACGUUUUAAACCAUCAGCAAAGUUACAACCAAAGCCGUAUUCCCAUCAUUUACAGUAGUAACCUCACUGACAUUUGUGUGUUAGUUCAACUUUUAUUAAUGAAAUGAACAGCUGCUGAAGUUUUAAAUGCUGGGCCACUUAAUGUUUUUAGUGGUGACAAUCGUACACACCGUAAAGGUAUAGGUAUUUAAAAUCCAGGCUACAGGUCAUAAUAGGUAGGUCACGUAUACAGUAACACAGAGUUGGAGUGAGCAUAACUAUAGUCCAUGUGCUCAUAUGUUUUGUUUUUUUUUGUUUUUUUAGUUUAAAUGUAAGGGACAGAUUCAUAGGAAAUCCUGUUGUUUUGUUUAGGAAGCCUGACAAGCUGGUAUUGCAAAAGGAAGUACUGUUUGUGAUUUAAUCAUUUUACGUCUUUAAGUUAAUGUAAUUGUCCUUUGUAUCAAAGUAUGAUUUGUGCCAAAAAAACAUACUGGAAGGUGUUUUUGGUGUGUGUGUGUGUGUGUGUGUGUGUGUGUGAGAGAGAGAGAGAGAGAGAGAGAGAGAGAGAGUGCAUGUAGUAAAGUGAAUUUACAGUCACGCACAGUAGAUCACAGUAAACUCUGUAUGUGUAACGUAUAAACCUUUUAAAAUGUGUUUCUGUGUUUGCAGCUUAUGUGGUUUGAAUUGUUUUCUUGUCGAUAAGGUCUGAAACAUGGGUGAGAGAGCGAGUCUGGAUUCCCUAAUAUCAUCUCUGUAGGUUUAUGGCCUUGUUAGUAUCCAGUGUCGUUCCAGCCUGUGUGGUGAAAAAGGGAUACAUCACUGUAUAUAUUUGAACAGUCUCUUUUUUUUUUUUAGUUGUGCAGUAUUUUGUAACCUGAACGUUGUAUUUUCUACAGUGCAUCGUGAUAGAGCUGCCCAUAGAAAGAGAAUCCCUACAAAUGGACUUUGAUGAAGAGGGACUCUCUUUCUGUGGAGUUUAACAUCCACGUUUCUAUCCAUGUACUAGUUUACUUAGUCUUAUUGUGUUGUUCGUGGUCAUAGUCUCUGCACUUCAGUUAUGUUACUCUAAGUGUUAUGUUUAAUUUUAGUGAAAUAUGGGAAGGGCAAUAAGUGUGUAUGAAGUUUUUUGUUCUUGUUUUUUUUUUUUUUCCUUUUCUGUCCCCUAAACCAAAUGGAACAUGACAUGAAAUGCUUUUCUGGUUCACUGGGAGAAAUUUUUAUGGGACCAGGACAAUAAAUGGGCUCCAGCACUGUUAAAAAUGUCAUUUAUCAAAAUUUCACAUUAGCACCAACUAUUAGGUGUGAGAAAGGGUUUAACUUUUAAAAUGUCUAUCAAGGUGAAGCAGGAGCACAUGGAACUGAGCUAAAAAGAAAUGAUGAUGAUGAUGAUGAUGAUGGUGGUUCUAAGCCGUUGAACCAGGGACUGACAGGAUUUACUGAUAUCCAGCUACAAUAAGAUCGGUGAGAGGAGAGGCUCCAUAACGACACAAAGUAGAGAGGUUAACAAGCCGUGCCUCAUUAGUUUCUUCGAAAAAUUAGAAACCCUUUGUGUUUUCUUUGGCCUGAUUCUAAUUGGGAGAGAAGAGAGAAGUUUGAGCCCGUGUGUGUGUGUGUGUGUGUGUGUGUGUGUGUGUGUGUAUGUUGGCUGUAUCAGAGAGAGAAUGUACAAUGUAUGUGUAAUAUCUGUGUGUAGUGAAAUAUGUAACAGAGUGAUCAAAAAGCUAUAUCGAAACAUCUCAGAUCAUGAAAUCCAAAGUCCCCCAUCAUUUUGAUUUAACGAAGAAGACCCUGUCUCACAUCUGCUGUGAUGGACGCGCUCGACCAAAACCUGUACUAGCCUUGAGCAUAUAAUACAAGAAAGGCACUGAUUGUAGCACAUCUACGUGGAUGCACAGUAGUGGAGAGUAGCCCUUUAAAUUACAUUUGUGCCUCUGAAUAAUUUAAAUUAAAGUGCUGAAAUGUAUCUAGUG